CUUUAUUUGAAUUAAAUAUUGUCACAUACACGAUUUCACACGAUAAAGUCAUCUAGCGAUGAUGAGACUAUAUCUAGUGUGGACAUGUUAAAGACCCAUAUUAUGGACUGAGGCCCCUUAUACAUGUUUUCUAGAUGCAUGUCUGGCAUGCUCAAUAUGGUGAGCUUGACACAACAGGUAUGGACCGUAGUUUUGAAUCACUACGAGAACAAGAACGAUGUCACUCCGGACUCAACUGCAGCCAACAACCUGGCAUGCUAAGAACAUUUGGCCAAGCAUAAUGUAUGGAUCAGAUCGAACCAUGCAGCCUGGGACCUGUCAUUAUUCAGGUGCUGCAGACUCCACCAUUCUCCAAGUUCAAGCAUUUAAGAAUGGAGGAAUUGGGAGAAAGAAAACCGUUAGUGCUGCCAGAGGAUGACAAUGAUGCUUCUACCAGCCUCACUAAGCCUAGACGUCUAAUUAUAAUAGAGCCUGUCGUGUUACUGUACUUCAUGGCGUAUGUGCCUAUGAUACCACUCACGGAGCAGUAUCUCUAUUACAAAGUUGGCCAGUUACAUAACUAUACAAUGGGAGAGUACAACGCAGGAAAUGCUAGCGAAUGUGGGGGUCUCGUGAAUAAGAGUGACCCGGCUUAUAUACUACUACAAACUGUGCAAGCAGAGUCAUCUAUGUUUCUAUUGUAUUUUACUCUGGUUCAAACCGUGCCUGCUCUGUUCACAACUAUCUUCUUCGGAGCCCUUAGUGAUAAUUUGGGACGUAAAAUAGCAAUGCUUGUUCCUAUUUGUGGAAACGUACUCCGAAGUAUCACAUUUUUGGUAAUUAUUCAUUUUGAAUUGCACCCAUAUUGGACGUUUCUGGCUGCAGUAUUUGAAGGCCUCAGUGGCAGUAUAGGAGCUGCCUUGAUGGCCUGCUUUUCAUAUCUUAUUGAUAUAACGACACAUAAACAACGUUCCUUCAGGAUUACCGUCCUUGACUCUAUGAUCGGCAUAUCUGGAGCUAUGGCCAGUCUUGGUGUUGGCUACUGGAUUAAAGCUCAAGGAUUCUUCUAUCCAUAUAUCCUAUGUACUAGCCUACAAACUCUCAAUCUAUUGUACGUCAGCUGUUUUGUACCAGAGACUGUAACAAGAAAUCCUGAUAUACCCAUUGUAUCCUGCUCCCAUUUUACUAACGUCGCUAAAGUCUACAGGACCGGUGGUGAAAAAUAUCGUCAAGUACGACUCAUCUUGCUUCUCAUAGUGUUGUUCAUUUGUGGUAUGCCCCUUAUUUCCUCCAGCGUGGUCACCUUGUACCUCCUUAACACCCCCUUGUGUCUGGGCCCAGUCAUGUUGGGGAUUUACAGCUCCAUAUGGUUGAUCGUCAGAUACGUUGGCUCCGUCAUUGCUGUCAAGUUGUUCUCUAGAUGGCUUCAAGACACUGGACUUGUCAUUCUGGGUUGCUUCAGCUUCAUUGGUUAUCUCCUCAUCACCGCAUUCGCCACCAAUAAUAUUGUAUUGUUCAUCGGUCCAGCAGUUGGUGUGUUUGCAUCUCUGAUUAUUCCCAUGGUUCGCUCUAUCAUGUCCAAACUCAUACUUCCAAAGAUGCAAGGGAGCCUGUUUGCAAGUAUAGCUUGUAUGGAGACACUCAGUGUUCUGGUUGGCUCAAGUAUCUUCAACCCCAUAUAUCAGCACACAUUGAACUUCAUGCGAGGCUUCGUAUUCAUCAUUGAGACCAGUAUGGUUUUCAUAGGACUUCUACUCACCGUGCUAUACAUUUACUUAACAAGAAAGGUUGUGAAAGCAAAAACAAGCAAUCAAGACAGGUAAAAUACAGUGAGGAUUUGGACUACCAUUGUACCAUUGUGACAAUUUCAGAAUAUUCAAUAUGGACAUGAAGUGGCUGCUUUAAAGUAAGAAGUGUUGUUUAGCUGAUAAAGGACCACAUCAUUGUGAAUGUAUUUUGGAACUUUAAUUACUGAAAAGUUCGAUGAGAAAAAUUGGCAAGCAGCAUGGGGAACCGAGGCAAAUAGUGCUUUUCUUAGUCCAUCAUACAUUACUGAUUUUGUGAUGUGUGGGGUAAAGUACAACACAAGGGUGAUGAAAUUCGAGGAAACUGAUGUUUUCAUCUUUUCAGAAAGAUCCGGUCUAGUUUCUAGAUAUUUUUAAAUGUAAAUGUCUGUCCUAGAGUGAACUUGACAGUGAAUUUCAUAGUUAAACCUACACAAAGUCCCAAUGUAGUAUACGGUUUAAUGCACUGUAACGAUAAGGUUGAACACAAGGAUUUAUGAAUUUGCGUAAUACUGUAUCUCAGGUAAAUGUACCCGCGUGUUCUACUUCAUUGAGAGUUUGUGUAGGUUUAGCUAUGAAUUCACUGUCAAAUCUACCCUUUGCAUUCGUUCAAUUGCGUAGUUUUUAACUAGACUCAGGGUAUGUCAAGUCCACUGUCUAGGAUUACAGAUAAAAAUAUCUAGAAACUAGACCAGAUCUUUCUAAAAUAUUGAAAACA